AUGGACAACAAGCGAAAGUCGGUCGCUGCUAAUGGCGCGACCGAAGCUGAUGAGCGCGCAGCAAAGCGCCAGAGACUCUCCGAGAGAUUCGACUUGACCAAGAAAGAGACCGUCGAAUCCACAACCGAGCAUGGCCUUUUCUUCCUCGAGCAGAUUCGUCGGACCGCAGACAAGAAUGGCCGAAAGGUGGCAGGUUGUUUUGAGAAGCUGCUCCCAAAGGAGGCGAAUCCCGAAUAUUACAAGAAAACGCGCAUGCCCAUCUCGUUGUCGAUGAUCGAGCGAAAGCUUGUCAAGGGAGACUUUGCCACUCUCACCGACCUCGAAAGCUACUUCAAGCGCAUGGUCACCAAUGCGAAGGAAUUCUACCCUCGCCACACUCAGAUUUUCGAAGAUGCCGAGAGAGUCCGGAAAGCCUUGAGUAAUUUCAUGACCAAGACAAACCCGGCGUACAAUAAAGGCGGAUACAGCGCAGUCCCGACUGCUCUGCCUGACGAUGGCAGCUUUGUCGAUGAGGCUGAGACGGACGACGAGGAUGAUGCGAUCCCUGGCAAGACUGGCCGUCGCAAGUCUCAAGGCGCCGCCAAGCCCGAACCCGAGCAGCAAGAUGCUGACGAGGAAGAUGAGGAAGAAGAGGACGCCGAGGCAGAUGAAGAUGAGGACGCAGAAGACGAAGAAGAAGAGGAUGAUGAUGCAGAGGGAGAUGACGAUGACGACGAGGCCAGCCAGUCCUCCAAGCCCCCAACUGUCAUCUUUCGUCGCAGAGGUCCGGGCAGACCUCCCAAGGGUGCCUCGCCGCGCAAAUCCAAGGGCCGGACUGCUACGCCCAGUCGCCCGGAUGCCGAGUAUGAGGACGUCCCAUACAAGGGCCUCAGUUUCCAGGCUGCCCAGGAAAAGAUUGUCGAAGAAAUGCUUCGGAAGCGCGAGGAGGACGGUCAAGAGCCAUACUUCGAGCCUUUUGUCAAUCUCCCUCCUCGCGCCCUCAAAGAUUACUACCGGGUGAUCAAAGAGCCCAUUUCCAUCAAGAAGCUUCAGAAAUCAGUAAAAGGCGUCAAGGGUCGCAAUGAGGCAACUGGCACUAGCGAGUUUAAGAACUGGGCUGCCUUUGAGGAGAGCGCUAGUUUGUUGUGGCAGAACGCUUGCUUCUACAAUGAAGAGGGAAGUGAGAUCUACGAGCUUGCCCAGGAAUUGAAGGAAUUUUUCAUGGACGAGCUGCGUCAGGCUAAGGCGGUCGUUUCUGAGCCGGCACAACCCAAGAUCAAGCUCAAAGUCCAGCAGCCUUCUUCUGAGCAGCCCCCAACCUCUAAGAAGAUCACUAUUCACGUGGGGGGCAAGAGUGAUUCGGCAGAUUCGCCUGCGCCUCUGGUAGCCCACUCCGCAGGUUCCCAGGCAAGCGACCAGGUCGGCCCCAACGGCAAUGCCCGUCAAAUUGUCACUCCUGCCAUGCCGGCUGCAAUGGAUAGAAUCCGGAGCACCUCCGCGGCAUCUCCGAGUCCUUCGGCUGCCAAUAACAUCAAGAGAGAAGAUGCUAUGCGUCCCUCUCCUGCUGUGACACCUGGUCAGGCAAACACACCAUCGGCUUUCCCCCCUCCCGUCGCCAGUCAAGCUACAGGCCUUUCCAAUGCAACAUUCCAGCCUAUUGGUGUUCCGCAGCAGACGAAUGGCAUCGAGCAGCCUCCUAAGCCUGUCUGGGAUCAGAGGCUCCGUGCCCCAGGCAAAGGAGCUGCCGAUGCCUUGAUAAGCAGUUUGAAGGUCCAGACUCAUCCCAUGAUCAACGUCGAGCGCCGGUUUGAAAUCACCGUCACUCCCAUGGAGAAGGAGGCACAGCAAUCCGUGACGGUCCACAUGCCUGCCAAUCAGUUAAGGAUUCAGAUCAUUCCUACUUUGCCCGCCUUCCUUGAGAAAGAGGGACGCCAGUGGAGGCUUUGGGUAAUCAUCAACAAACAUCCCAUCCUUCCGGUCCAUGUCGGCCACAACCAGGUUGUUCCGCUUGGCGCCAAGGUCUUCGAAGCCCAGCUCCAGGCCGGUAUCGUUAAUACCAUUGAGGUACACGUCGCUGCUGCGUUGCCUAAGGGCCAAAAGCUACCUACUGGUGAAGACUACGAAGUUGAGCAGAUGACGGUGCUUGCCCACGUUGUGAGAAACUAG